CGGAGCAUAUACGGUAAUGAUGGCCGUCGCCAUCACCGUACCGUCAAGGCCAAAUUUUUUGACGGUUGACGGCCUGCCCUCUAUACGGCCGAACGCCGUAUAUGGUACCUACCCUGAGUCUUUCACAACGAAUUUUAAUUUUCAACAGUAUUCACAAGCUUCGGUCUAAGUCGUUGUACAGCAGAUUAGGUAUUAUGCUGUUUGCGUUGCAUUCGAUAAUCCUUAUACGGAUGCCGGACCAUACGAAGGAACUCAUGUCCUUGGCGUUCGUUCAUCAUCGCCAUCCUCGGGGAGAGCACAUGAUGUGUGUACCCGGACCUUUUAAGAUGAAUGAGCAUAUUGCUCGGUCAUACAUCCGAGCCACCUUCAUCAUCAGUUGUCUUUAUCUAGGAAUCCGAUAGUAAUAUGGAUACCCAUUGGCGCAAUGGUUUUCGGUAUGAAAAAUCUGGGGUCGUUGGCAUAUGCCUCUAAGCCCAGACAAGGCCACACAUGGUAUAGAAACUGCCCGCUUGAGUAAAGGGAAAAGGAAACACUCCGAAGUCCUUCUGAAGAUCAGAACAUCAUUUUUAGUUCAUAAUGAUCCCGGAAACC